GUGGACAACACUGUCUUAUUCUUUCCCUCAGAUUUUGGUGCUGCAGUGUUCUUCACUUUCUCUGUGUGCUGCUUUCAUUACACUUCAACUCUGCAAAUACAUAUUCAGGAACCCCUUUUAGAAUCUUCAAAAAGUUGAAUUAUUUCAAGCUUCUGAUUCCUGGACAACAGAAUAAGAUUUGUGUUAUGCAGGAAGUGGUUGAUUGAUAAUGGGAGAUAAAUAUAGUCCAGGCAGGAAGCACAGUGGGAUAUGGAAUUCGUUGAGAGAUGGAGAUUUUGAUGAAGAAGAAAUUUGGGAUGUUAUCAAGAACAGAAGUGAUUAUGGUUCUUCUGGGGUUCGCAUGUUCAACGAGAAGGAUCAGUCCUCUGCUGUUCCUGUUCCUGCUAGGCCCAGUGCAGCCAGAAUGGUGCCAAGAUCUAGCAAUAGCAGUAACAAUAGCAGUGGUAAUUCCUCCAAUGAAGCCAAGGUUCUUCAGCAAUCAGCACCUGUCAAAAUUCCUGACUGGUCAAAAAUUUAUACGAGUAACCCCGCCAAGAAUAGUACUUCAAGGUUUGAUGCUGAUUAUGAUGGUGAGGAUGAUGGUGCUGGUAACUAUGGUGGGGAUAGUGAUGAGGAUGGAGAGGAAAAUGAUGAGGCAGAUUCAAAGCUUCCUCCACAUGAGUUUAUUGCCAGAAGGCUUGCAAGGAGUCAGAUAUCCUCCUUUUCUGUUCUAGAAGGUGCUGGGAGAACCCUCAAAGGUAGGGAUCUUAGCAAAGUGAGGAAUGCUGUUCUCUCAAAAACUGGUUUCCUUGAAUCACUAUAAAGGGUCUUCUUCAGUGGUGAUGUAGUAGUAUUAGUUCUUUCACAUUUUGGAUGUAUAGUGAGUAUGUAGCUGGUGGUUACUUAGCAAUGGAGAUAUUGGUUCAUGCUGCUUGGGGUAUAAGAGCAUUUUUUAGCCAUGAAAACUGUGAAUCAAAUAUGCUGUGGCAAACAUAACUGAUUUCAAUUUCCUGUUGUACCAAAUUGAUGGGAUCUUUGUGUUUUUGAGCAUCCAUAAAAACACAAAGGUGGAUGUGAAUCAUAAUUUUAAAGCCAUUCAUCAUUUUGAAGGAUAAAA